GGAGAGACAGCAGAGAGUGGAGGAGACUCCACCAGGAGACAUCAGACCACAGAGGAGAGACAGCAGAGAGCGGAGGGAAGAGGUCACCUCAGAGAGGAUAUUAUGGCCGGACGUCCUGUUGCUCCACCCGGACUGGAAUAUCUUCUUCAGGUCAAUGGACUCUUAAUGAAACAGACAAGGAAAAGUAUCUUCCAGAUUGCUAGCACGUAUGAUUUGUUUGACACCAAUGGCCAACUUGUGUACCAAGCCACUGAGAAGCGGAAGUUUUUUGGUCCUCGAAUGGAUUUAAGGGUUGCCAACACCAAAGGAUAUAAUGUCCUCAACCUUCUUGUGCCUUUAAAGUGGUGCAGCUUGAACACCAAGUUGCAGGUCUCCAGUUCCUCCGGGGAGCUCCUCGGCUACAUAGUCGAACAGUGGACAAGUUUAACCUUAAGCUUCCACAUCUUGGAUCCAUCGGGACUUGUUUGUCUUAAAGUGAAAGGUCCAGGAUGGGGGGCCGGCUUCAUGUCUGACCUCCAUUAUAAGGUUCUAUCUGCUGACAAAACCACACAAGUCGGGGUCAUCACACAUGUGUGGCGGGGGUUAGCCAAAGAGAUGUUCAGCUCGAAGGACAACUAUACUAUUAAUUUCCCAAUGGACCUCCAUGUCUCCAUGAAAGCCAUGCUGAUGGCCUGCGCCUUGUUCAUUGACCUUCUAAAUGAAGAGCGCAGGCAACGGUCCCAAGCUUCGAGCCACCACUGAUUGGAAGCUAUGCCAGCCAAUCCGCAGACUCCUCUUUUCCGAAAGAUCAUAUGUGUUCUGUACCUGUCAAACAUAGUAUGAAGAUCCUCUGGUUUUAAUCCUCUUAUGCCACGUACACACGAUAGAAUCCAUCCGCUGAAAAAUCCCAGCAAAUGGGUUUCAGCGGAUAGAUCCUAU